AUGGCUUUCUUCAUCGACAACCCUAACGUGGGCAACACAAAUCACCUGGAAGACUCUCGAAUUCUCGGCUACAACCCCCUCACCCCACCCAACCUCCUCCAACAUGAAUUCGCAUUGUCAGAGAAGUCCCGGCAAACCGUCCUUCAAGGACGCGCAGAAUCCGUCGAGGUCGUCCACGGCACAGAUAAGAAGCAGCGCCUGAUGGUCGUCAUCGGACCAUGCUCAAUCCACGACCCCGAAAUGGCCCUCGAAUACUGCGACCGCCUAAUGAAGAUGAAGGAGAAGUACGCCGAUGACCUCCUCAUCGUGAUGCGCUCCUACCUCGAGAAGCCCCGCACAACAGUCGGCUGGAAGGGUCUGAUCAACGACCCGGACAUCGACAACUCCUUCAAGAUCAACAAGGGCCUGCGCGUCUCGCGUCAGCUGUUCCUCGACCUCACAAACAAGGGCAUGCCCAUCGCCUCCGAAAUGCUCGAUACCAUCUCCCCCAGUUCCUCGCUGAUUGUCUUUCACCGCGAACUGUCAUCUGGUCUUUCUUUCCCUGUUGGAUUCAAGAAUGGAACCGAUGGAUCAUUGGAUGUUGCAGUCGAUGCUAUUGGCUCUGUGAAGCACCCGCACCACUUCUUGUCUGUCACGAAACCUGGUGUUGUUUCUAUCGUGGGAACUGUUGGAAACCCCGAUUGCUUCGUUAUUCUGCGUGGUGGUAAGAAGGGUCCCAACUACGAUGCUGCCAGUAUUGCCGAGGCAAAGGUCAAGCUUAAUGCAAAGGGCAUGCGGCCCCGUCUCAUGGUCGACUGCAGUCAUGGAAACUCGGAGAAGAACCACAGGAACCAGCCUAAGGUUGCUGCUGUUCUUGCUGAGCAACUUGCUGCUGGUGAAGAUGCUAUUAUGGGUGUUAUGAUUGAGAGUAAUAUCAAUGAGGGUAACCAAAAAGUUCCCGAGGAGGGCAAGGCAGGCCUCAAGUACGGUGUCAGUAUCACGGAUGCUUGCAUCAGCUGGGAGGAUACUGAGGAUGUGCUGGAGGUUCUUGCUCAAGGCGUGCGUGCGCGUCGCGAGAAGCAGAGCUCAAAAUAA